AUGGCCUUCUUGCUCUCUCUACUGAUGGCCCUGGUGCUGGUCAGCUAUGGCCCGGGAGGAUCUCUGGGUUGUUACCUAUCUCGGAGACUCGUGCUGGAUGCCAGGGAGAACCUCAGGCUCCUGGACCGAAUGAACAGACUGUCACCUCAUUCCUGUCUGCAGGACAGAAAAGACUUUGGUCUUCCCCAGGAGAUGGUGGAGGGCGACCAGCUCCAGAAGGACCAGGCCUUCUCUGUGCUCUGUGAGAUGCUCCAGCAGACCUUCAACCUCUUCUACACAGAGCGCUCCUCUGCUGCCUGGAACACCACCCUCCUGGAGCAGCUCCGCACUGGACUCCAACAGCAGCUGGAGGACCUGGACACCUGCAGGGGUCCCGUGAUGGGAGAGAAAGACUCUGAACUGGGAAAGAUGGACCCCAUUGUGACCGUGAAGAAGUACUUCCAGGGCAUCCAUGACUACCUGCAAGAGAAGGGAUACAGCGACUGCGCCUGGGAAAUCGUCAGACUGGAGAUGAUGAGAGCCCUCACUUCAUCAACCACCUUGCAAAAGAGGUUAACAAAGAUGGGUGGAGAUCUGAACUCACCUUGA